UACAGCAACUUGCUGAGCAAGUAGUAACUUUGUAGCUACUAGUACUAGGCUACUACUAGUUCCGUAAUUCUGUAAAACUGCAUAUUUAUUUAUUGAAAUCUGACUUUCUGACGAAUAUUCACAUCAGCAUCUAUUUCAAUUAUAAUUUGGCAACAGUUUUAUUGAAUAAAGGGCGGACAAAUAUCAAAAUCAUGAGUGGCCCAGGACCUCACAAUCUCGAUAAAGUACCCAACCAGGAGGGAUACCUAAUCCUCAAUGAUAGUGGAGCAGUCAUGGCUUCAUCUGGGGAUCUUGAGAAUGAUGAAGCUACUGCUGCUACCAUAAUAAAGAUGAUCAGGCUAGCAUCAAAAGUAAAUAUUACAUCAGACAACUCACAAUCCUUCAAACGACUCUCAGUGAUUUUUGAUGACUUCCUGUAUAUAGCCACAAUAUCAAGUGACAAGGUCUACAUUAGUAAAAGGAAAAAUAUUCCCAAAGAACCCGUUUUGGCAUGAUAAAAGAACCAUUUGAUGCAUUACAAGGUU